AUGAGCACCACCAAGCUGGGAACAAGGGAGGUGGCUGAGACUGACCCCAAGACCGUGCAGGACCUCACCUUGGUGGUGCAGGCACUCCUGCAACAGAUGCAAGAUAAAUUUCAGACCAUAUCCGACCAGAUCAUCAGAAGAAUUGAUGACAUGAGCAGUUGCAUUGAUGUCCUGGAGAAAAACAUCACAGACCUCAUGACACAGGCCGGGGUGGAAGAACUGGAUGGGGAAAACAAGAUUCCUGCCACACAGAAGAGUUGA